AUGAGUUUGAGUAGUGAAAGACCAGUAGAAGGCAAUUGGCAUCUCGCAAUUUCAAAUGUUACAUAUUCAAUUACUAAUAUGUCAACACUUACAACUGAUUUGGAUAAAUUACCAGAAACAAAUAAUGAAAAAUUCAAAAGUAUUCUGGUUUAUUUAAUUCACCGCAAACUUCCACAUGGAUUUAAAAAGGGAAGUCAUCAAUUAGUGUCGCUUGCAUGUACUAAACAUCAGUUUUUUGAUAUUUUCAAAGGUGAAAUCUUGAAUAAUCCAUUGUGGGGUCAAAAAUUUUAUGAUGAAGAACAACAAACUUAUGUUAUUUUAUUUAAUGAUCCACCUGAGCAUUUGAAAAAUAAUCCACUGGCUAUUGCAACUCAUUGUGCUACUGAAAGUAUAGCCACUCAUAGACGCAAAUCUAGAUAUAAUCCUGGAGAAGUUAUUAUUGAAUGGAAAAUUAAAGGUGAAAAAGAUGCAAAAGAGAAUUAUUGUGAAGCAGGAUUUAUAUACAGUACAUACAUUUUUGGGUGAGACAAAUCUAAAAUUUUAUUGUAAUAGAAAAAAAAUUAUAUACAUAUGUUUAGAAUUUUUUCUUCUAAUUAAAGACAAUUUUUUUAAUGUAUAUAAAAUGUAUUAAAAGAAAUUAUAAAAUGUGAAUAUAUUGAGGUUUUGGAUAGGAAAGAG